CACCCAAAAAUGAGUCUAAGAACUCGUUCUUUAAUAUUUUCAACUUUCUUCGGGAGUUGUAUUGCGAUCGGUUUGCUUUUGGGCAGCUUAACAACAGAUAGCUGGGUAAGGGCAACACCAAAGCGGGGCAAUUCGUCGCAAUUGACUGGCGAAGUUAAUUUUGGCUUAUUUUAUGGUAGUAAAGUUUUAAAUUCUGGAAUUGGAGAACGCAUUACACCAGUUGAAGUCUACACGUUUAUACAAACGGAACCGGAUUCUAUGAACUUUUGGCUUUGGCUAUUCACAGCGUUAGGCGCAGGUUUUGGCCUAUUGGGAUGUGCUAUUUCGGCUAUAGCUGCUGUAUUCAAAUCGGCCUCUGCGGCCAAGGGUCCCAUUAAUCUGAUUGUGCUGAUUGCAUCGAAUAUAUCGUCAGCUGUUACACAGGUUGUGGCAUUUAUUUGUUGGCUUGUGCAAUUUUUCCAAUAUCUACAGCACAAUGUUUUGACCGCGGUCGAUCAAAAACAACACUGGUACAGCAAAGGUUUGGCCUCGUUGGGUUAUAGCUUUUAUAUGGUUAUUCUGUCAACUCUAGUCGUUAUAAUAAACAUUAUUAUAUUGUUGUACGCUCGACAUUGUGAUCGAAGGGAUCGUCAACGUUUGGAGCCACCAAGCGAAGAGAAGAAUCAAUGUGCUAUAAUGCUGUAUUAG